AUGCUCUCCCGGCGCAUUGUAGCGGCCCGCCCGCUCGCCCGCGCCCUUGCGCCCGCCGUUGCACGACCCCGACCGCAGUUCACCCAGGUCCGGACAGCUCUCACCGAAGCUGAGCGUGCCGAGCUCGCUGACCCCAACAUGAACGGCGGCUACAUCAACCCCCCGGCCGAGAACCGUCUAACGCGCGACCCAUACGCCGACUGGUGGGACAAGCAGGACCGCCGCAACUACGGCGAGCCCUGCCACGAAGACAACGACAUCCUCGGCGCCAUCUCUCUCCACACCUACGACCAUUUCACGCCGCGAUGGGGAUUCGUUCUGAUGGGCACCUUCAUCGCCUCCGUGCUGGGCUUGUGCGGGGUCGUGAAGCUAUACUAUCCGGACAGGGUCAGCGUGCCCAAGACAUAUGAUGACGGACUAGAGGCAGAGCUCGGAGGUCCGCGCGCUGUGAGAGCAAGGAAACAUGGCGAAGAGCCCUCGUGGAAGUAG